UUCCGGGAAAUUUCCCUAAAUCUGAAACAAUGGACAAUUGAGAAGCGUGACGUAACUUUGAAUGCUAAUCAAGCACAAAGGGAACUAUGUUGUCAACAAGCGAAACUGGAAGUGAAAGUAUCUCACCAUACCUCAACAAAAUGCCGCCAGAACUGAAAAAUGAAAUCCCAAAGGAAAGCGAUAUUAAAAAUAACUUUAAGAGGUUCGAGGAUGUCCAGCUUCCGAUAGAUAUCCUGCUCCUAACUGUGAAAGACAUCGAGUUUCGAAGCUGUUACUUCAAUCUAACAAAUGCCUUUCAAAGCUACGGGAAUGGCCUCGGUUUUGUGUAUUUCGGAGAGAUGGGUGAAGUCGGAGAUACGAAACUGAAAGUCGCUUUAUUCAAAUGUUCAGAGGGAGCGACACACUCGGGAGGAGCGCUACUCGCAGUACAGAAUACUGUGAAGAAAUUACGACCCAAAGCUGUGUUUUGUGUCGGUUGUUGUGGAGCAUUGCACCGGGACAAGACCAAGCUAGGAGAUGUUAUCGUUUCCGCAAAGCUGACUACUUACGCAGAAAAAAAAGUGACGAAUCAGGGAGUUCAUUCGCUUGGCUUCAGUGUACCAGUUAGUCCCUACAUCUCUGGCUUAAUACAAUGCGCUGGUUAUGGCUGGAAGGCUCCUUUAAAGAACGAAGAAGAAGGAGGAUUAGUUAAAGUUCAUAGUGAUGGAGAUUUUUUGAGCGGACCAGAAGAGAUUGACUCCGAAGAAAGAAGGCUCGAACUUGUAAAGUUCUACCCCAACGCAAUUGCAGUCGAAAUGGAUGGCCAAGGUGAGAUUGAUAGGUUGUUUUUCGUCAGCAGAGCGCUAAGAAGUAAGCGUUAAUACAGAGUUUGAUCAUCCAGGGUUGCUUAGUUUGACGAAACAGUUCAACACUUAAGCUCUGUUUGCCUGCUGAGAGCUUAUUUUCACGUGUUUAAGAUAGUGCUCGCUGACCACGAUAGUCUCAGUGAUCAACAGCUGCAAGUCAAUCGAUCAUCGAUCACGCUAACAUGUUUACUUUCACUUUCCUCGCUUCAUCGACUAUUUCAGCGAAUUCCUUCGUAUUGCGGCCUCUGUUACUUGGUUAUCACUGAGAAGGAAUAAUUUUGUUCAGUUUGAUAUCCAAGUUUGUUCGGAAUCAGUUCCAGUGUGUAUACUCCGUGCUUUACCCGAAACGUUCAAUAAUGAUAAUGUUGUUUUCCAUAUCGUCACGACUUUUCUUAAAAUAACAGUGUGUUACGAUUCAGUAAGUUCAAUCGACCGAAAACGUAAUAGAAUCAGGAUAAUUAUGCUUAAUCACGUUAAAAAGAGGAAUGAAGAGGUUAGACUAUACAAGCACGAUACGGAAGCCUGAUCAAUCUGGUACUAAUUUUUCUAGUGUCGCAUGGAUUACACGCACAUGUAGCGUAACCAAAGUCACAAUCUGUCAAAGUGCUGUCCUCUUAAAACUACGGCCCGUGACAUCUCAAGCAUUCAGUGAAGCUGAGAGAAUUAUUUUUCACAUCCGGUAAUUACACAACGGUUAUCAUAAACUUCAAUGUGUCCUUCCACAGGUGUGUUCAGUGCAGCUCAUGUCCUGAAGACGGAGUGGGUGGUAAUCAAAGGCGUUUCUAGUUAUGUAGACGGCACGGCCUCUCUGACUGAGGACUGGAAGCCUUUUGCCAGUGCCAUGGCAGCUUCUGUUGUCAAAAACAUGCUUCGUACACCAGCUGUGUUUGAGGGAUGGCCGCAUUACCAGAGCAGCGAUAUGGGAAGAGCACCGAAUGAAGGUUAAGGGAAUAUAAAUGUGAACUCUAUGGUUUAAGCCUACUUUACUUUUUCACAAAACCAACGUUUAGCUUAACCGUUUUGCUGGACUGAAAAUGGUUUCCACUCCGGUUUCCUCCACAACGACUUAAUUAACCAGCCCUUUUAUUUGGAUUGAAAAAUACCACUUAAAAAACAUUUAAUGAAUUAGUUAUUGAAAUGUCUGUUGUUUCUUGCAAAAGUAUAUAGGUUACCGUAUAGGACAAUAUUAUAUAGCAACAAAUAUCUACGGUAAAUGAAAUAUGAAGCUAUGAUGAAUAUAUGUAUGGCAUUGUUUCAUAUAUUUGGGGCUAAUUACAUAUAUAUUCAUCCAAUUACAAAUAUAUUUAGAGUAAACGGCAAAUACUUAUGCCCUUAUACAGUUAUUGUGCCCGCUAUCAAGUUAGGUCAGCAGCGAUACUUUUAGCGUUAAGCCUGCAAUCGAAUGCAGUGGAUGAGGAGUUCUCCAUCUUUACAACAUCCAUCCACUUCUCAAAACUAAGAGAGUCAUGUGCAUCAGAUUAUUGAACUUUAAGGAAGCAUUGAAAGUACGACGUUCACUGGGUGAAGGUUCAUCCAGAUCUUCUACAGUCCUAAAUACAUCAGUUCAAACUCCAGUUCAAACCUCAGUGCAAACAGAACAACCAGUACAAGCACAAGGACACUCGUAAGUACCCCUCCUCGGUACGCAUUAUGAACGACCUGGGGGCCCACUACAUGUGGAAGUAGCCGUAAGAGAGACAGUGCAAGGAGGUUGUGUUAACUAGAUGGCCACAUGAUCUGAAUCUUUUCCUCGAGGGAAGGAAAAGGCGGAUUUUCUACAGCUGGGCCACGUAAUCAGCUGUUUUACUUUCGAGAAGAAUUGGUCCGCUUAAGAGUGGUUUAUAAUGAAUUGGUGAGCGCCUUUGACACAAAGAUCGAAUCUCUGGGAAAGAUUACCUGUGAACCCAAGUAAGUGAAACUGAUAACUUAUGUUUAGUUUGACAUUUCCACUCUGUAUUUGUCCUCUUUCCCCUUUGAGUGAUUGCAAACAAAAACAUAGGCAUGCUAUGCAUGCAAGAGUUAAUUUUUUGGGGUGGGUGGAUUACUUGAAACAUUGUAAGUGAUGUCUACAUUUUUACAAAAGGAAAGAAGAGUAUUAAUGUGGAAAAGAACGCAAAUGUUCAAUUACCUCACACACAAGUAUUUUGUGGUAGAUUGUGUGUUGGUGGAUUGAAAUUUGAACACCUCUCAAACCAAAGAACAAAAAUGAUGCUCUGAUUGGUGCGAGAUACAUACCCUAAAUGAUGUGAUUGGCACAAGCAACAUACCGCUCUCUGUAUGCUAACAUAGAUUUUUUUUUUAUUUUAAAAAAAAAACUCAAAAACCGUGAAAUAAACAAUGUAAAUAAGAUCUACUAGUGUCUAUUGUCACAGCAAAAUUUACUGAAAUCAAUACAACAGUUUUGCAUGAAAAAUAGUACAAAGUCACCUUGUAUUUUAAUAAUUUAUUAAAAUUUACAUUAGAUAUUAAGCAAUAAUAAUAAUAUGUGUGUGAGGGGCAGGGUGUUUUCUCCCCACCCUUGGGACUUUGAUGAGAUACCUGACGAUAUUUUACUUUCAAUUGAUAGGUGCAUUACAAUUAAUAUGUGCCCCAAGAGGUGCUAAGUGCUAGUAAUUGUCUUAUUUGUACCCCACCUACUCAAAUGUGUAAGUUUGGUGGUUCAAAAGAAGUCCACAAUGAAAUUAUUUUUAUUCCCAUUUUUUUCAUCAUUUCUGCUCAGAGUUAAAAUAAUGACAGGCAUAGAUGUGCAAUUGGUUGAGCUUUCCCUUUUACCAGAUCAGGAAUUAGAUGGAGAGAUGAUAAGUGGGCUAUUUUCACAGAAAACUGUGUGGUUGCUUCCUUGUGAAAUUCUUAACUCUAAAAUAGAGUUUAGAGUAUCAAGUUAUCAGAUUGUAAUAUCAACUCAAAUGAUAUCAGAAUCUCAUAUCAAACUACUAAGUUAUCAAAUUAUCAUGAUAGUAUCAAAAUAUCAAAGCCUUAGACACUUUUUUCAAUCCCUAACCCUUUAUUACUCACAGGAUCUGAUUGUUAAUUCUCCCCUCUACCUGCUACACAUUUCCUUGUAAAUUAUUUAUGAGAACUGGGUGUUAGAUCAAUAUAACAGCUUCUACCUGAUUAGCUUGAAUAUUCUCAUUACUUGUUUGCUGGAUAAUGUGAGGAUAUUACAAGGAGAAGUUUCAUGUUGAUCACUUCUGGGAGUUAAAGGGUUAAAAGACAUUUUGAUAGAGUGCUUUUAGUCUCAUUGUUGAAUAGUUCUGUGAGUCUGUUAAAUCUCAAAAAUACCAGUUAAUGACCAGAGCUAAAAGAAAUCCUGCAUGAAUACUUUUGUUCUGUGCAAGACUUGCAUGCAUUUGACAGUGUAUUCAUUUCAAUAACAUCGCAGCAAAAAAUCAACAACAAAUUUAAAGGGCCAAAACAUAAAAUAAUGUAAAAAGAUUGCACAUCUUGUUUACUUGGGAUAUAUUGGCUAUAUUCUAGAUCAUUGAAGAUAUGAACCUAACUAGUGAAGAAAGAGAAAAACUGGAAGAAAAGCUAAUGUCUCAUGGGCUACCAGAUAUGAUAUCACUUACAGUAAUGAAUAAAGACGAGGCUAUCAAGGACCUAUAGGCAGUAGGGGUCAUGGUAGAGGAGUUAUAGCUACAGAUUCCAUCUUCAGGGGCCUUAAUAACCUUGGUACUGGAACCAUCCAGGGCGUGAAAUUAACUUUUUUUUUGAUAGCCACUUUUUUUCUGAUAGCCAAAUCUUUCUUUACGCUGUCAGUGUUCUAGACCCUCCAAAAUUAAGUUAGGGAAAAGAUCUUUAACGUGCUACAAAGUGGACACUUUAGGGAAAAGAUCUUUAACGUGCUACAAAGCGGACACUUGGAUGGAUGAUAUACAAAGUUCAGGCUCAUCUAAAUCCAAGAUGGCGUCUAGUUAUCGAUCGAGAUGCAUGUGCAACGUUUCGGAAAUUUUUUUAAUUCACUAUAUCUCUUGGUAAGGCUAUGAUGAAACGUUCUUAAGUCGCCAAUUUGGCGACUAACUUUCAGGAUUUGGUCGCCAAAGUGAAAAAUUUAGUCGCAUUGGCGCCUGUAUUUGGUGCAAUUUCACGCCCUGCCAUCCUCAAAUCCUACCCAAAUAUGAUGGCAGCAAUAAUUUUUUUUUCAACAGAAGAAGUGAAAGUAUGCCUCAAUGAAGAAAAGAUGAAGUUUAGUCAUUAUUGUGUAGUCAAGGUUGUGAUAAUGAAGAAAAAGGAAGAGCAAAAAUGGUGGUUUUUGAUUUUAUCCAAGAAUCAGCUGACUUGAAAG